AUGUCCCUUCCCCUCCGCACCGCCAUAAUCGGCCUCUCCUCCUCCGCAACCACCAACUGGGCCUCCGCUGCCCACCUCCCCUGCCUCCUCUCCCCGACCGGUAAGGUACUGUUCACCAUCAACGCUCUCUGCAACAGCAGUCUCGCGGCGGCAUCCAACGCCAUCUCAACUUACCAUCUGGAUACCUCUACCGUAACACCAUACGGCGACCCUGCCUCGCUCGCCGCGGACCCUGCCAUUGACCUCGUCCUCUGCAACACCCGGGUCGAUAAACACUUAGAAACGGUUCUGCCCAGUCUCUUGUCCGGAAAGGAUGUCUAUAUUGAGUGGCCGAUCGCGUCGAACAAGAAUCAAAUAGAUGAGUUGAUUGCCGCUAGAGCUCACGGCGGGGGCCGCGUAGCGGUGGGAUUACAGGGACGUUUUGCGCCACCGGUGGUACGAGUCAAAGAAGUACUCGCGUCGGGAAGGGUGGGAAAGUUGCUUAGUAGUGAAGUGAGAGUGUUUGGGGGCACGAGAGAUCGAGAAAUCUUGCCGGUGGGACUAAAGUACUUUGCCGACAGGAAUAUUGGGGGCAAUCCGAUUGUGAUUGGGUUUGGGCAUGUCAUCGACUAUAUCCAGUCCGUCGUGGGCGAUAUCAUCCCAGGAACAGACCAUGUGCAACUCCAGAUCCAGCGUCCAGAUAUCCGCGUUCGAGAUCCCCAGACGGACGCGAUUAUCGAGUCGAUUCGCUCCGACGUACCCGAUUUGCUGAGUUUACAUGGAUCUCUGCCUGAAUCCUCCCAUGUACGUGCCAACGCCAGUCUGGUGGCGUAUUUUCUCCGCGGCCAGCCAUUCCCUGGCGAUCCAUCACUGUCGUGGACCUUAACCGGAGAAACGGGCACGAUUCGGUUGACCGCGCCUGCUGGUAUCUCACUGCAAGCCGACGCAUACGCCGAGCCGGUGACCAUCGCGGUGCACCAGUUCGACAUGGACAAGGUGGAUCAGGUCCUGUGGACUUGGUCGGAAAGGCAGAUGGAGGUGCCACCUCGGGCGCGAUCAGUGCAGCAUUCCUUGAUCAGUUUUGCGAAUAGGGAUGAGUCGGGGUAUGUCUCCCUGGAGGACGCAGCGAGGAGGGCCCAGCAAAUUGAGGGCUGGUUUGAUAGCUGGCGAGAGAAUCCAUAG